CCCGCUGCAUACAUUCAUAUGGUAAUAACUCGAACAUGCAUGCAUUUCUUCUCAUGAAGGACAGUAAUUUCUUUUAUGUACAUUCUUAAGGGUAUAUAAAAACGUGAUCGUGUGUCAUGUGUUAUGUAUAGGUGCAACACAUGAUAGAGACAUGUUUGACCUUUAACAUGAGCAAAGAGGAAUGCAUGGAAGCUCUCUCAAAGAAUGCAAACAUCAAUCCCAUCAUCACGUCCUCUGUGUGGAAGGAGCUUGUCAAAGAGAACAAGGACUUCUUCGAGGCGUACGAGCAGAAGCUUGUGAAAAAUGAGCAAAUUUCGGAGGAAGAAACAAACCAGAUGAUUCAGAACAUCAUUUCCGGUUCAUCAGACGAUUAAAAGACUUAUUUUCUUUUGUUAGAUCUUAAAGAGUGUUAUAUUCUAUGCAUAUGUGCCUUCCUUAAGAACAUCUCUUUAUGAUGCAUAUCUCAUAUAUUAUGAAUAAGCUAUGCGUUGAUGAUCUCAUAGUAUUAAUUCCUCUAAAAUUCUUAUGUGUCAAUCUCAUAGCUAUCUAGCUCCAAAACUGAUCCAUGUGCCUAUCAAAAUAUUAAUCCAAACAUUUGUAUCCUAUUUAAUAAAUAUAGAAUUUGGAAGGUAAUUAGUGCUUUCUUAUUGAGUAAAAAUGACCAAUAAACACUGCAUAUCUAAUAAUAUUAUUGCUCUAAAAAUCUUAUGUGUCAAAAUCUCAUAGAUAUUCUACCUCCAAUGGUUCAAAAUAUGAAAUAUUACCAAAACAUGUCAUAUAUAAUUUUAUACU